AGGAAAAAGAAAACUAAGUUAAGGGUUGUCAUUUAGUUGUUGAUGAGACUUCCUCAAGAUUUUAGUGGGCAAUUGGAAUUCUUUGAUAAUUAACUUAACGCUUUUUUUGAUGGUUUAAAAGAGGUAACUUUGUGUUAUUUUAAAGAAUAGCAAAGUUGAGAAACUUUUAAGUGAUUUAUUAUUUGCAUUUGAAACUUCUCUGUUAAAGCUGCAUUUAAGCCUUUAAAUACAGGAGAUUAAUCUAAGAACAAAAGUAGCCAAAUUAGAUGAUUGUGUAUGCGCCUUGUUUUCAACGCCGAGUCCCAGAAUUCCCUCCUUUACAACAAUCACUUCCCACUUUAACCAUUUUCACCUUCUUGUCUUUUACUUCGCCUGAAAACAAUGUCUUCUUCCUCUUCUUCUGCCUCUUCUUUGCAUGAAGUCAUUCUCACCAGCUCACCGGAAGGCCCCAUCUUAGCCUAUAACCCGUCCUCAGGUGCUGCUCUUGCUCGUUUCUCCAGCAGCCGGUCACCCCGGCGAGGCCUUGGUUUCGCUGGAAAGACCUUCAUUGUUGCCUCCCAUAUCUCCCCGACAACUGCUUCAGGAUCAAUUCACUUAUACAAUUGGUGGGCUUCGACUCCCCUGCAUAAUCUCCCUGUCCCUGAACCUGUUGCUCCUCUAGUCUCCACUCCUGAUGGCUCCUACUUGUUCACUGGUGGGAUUUCUGGCUCCAUCUAUGUCAUUUCUCUCCCCUCAGGGGACAUUCUUAGAUCAUUUGCUGCCCAUAAGAAACCUGUAACUUGCCUGGAAAUCAGUGUCGAUGGAUCCCUUUUGAUCUCUGGUGGUGACGAUGGAAGAAUCGUCACAGCACCAAUCUUCCAACUUGUGGAUCACCAUGCCUCAGGUGAUGAAAAUCCCAGUGACUUGAUGUUGCAGAAAUUUGCAGCACACAACAGUUCAGUCACGGCCGUUCUUUCUUGUAGGGGAUCAUUUAACUCUCUAAUAGUUUCAUCUUCAACAGAUUGCACCUGCAAGUUAUGGAGACUGAAUGGAAUCCAUUUGCACACGUUGACAUUUCCUUCUGCAAUCAUGGGGGUGACACUGGACCCAACUCAGACAGAAAUCUACGCCGCUGGAUCUGAUGGUUUAAUUUACAGGGGAAACCUCAAGGUUGAAAGCGAAAAACCCAAAAUCCAGGACAAUGAAUUAACAACAAUGGCGCAAAAACACACAGGGAUGGUGGUAUCUGUAGCUAUGGCGAACGAAGGAAAGAAUCUGGUGUCAGCUUCAGAAGAUGGAAGCGUUUAUAUAUGGGAAGUUGAAUCGGGGGAAGUCUUAUUUGUGCUGGGAAAUGAAACGGGGAGCAUCAGCGAGAUGGUGGUGGUGGCUUCAGGAAUUGGUGAGAGCAAAGGGUGUGGAAAUGGAAAUGAAAGUGGGAAAGUUGAAAAUUAUGAAAAUGGAGGUGGGGUUUUUGAGGUUUAUGGUGAAGAGUUGUUGAGAAGAUCAAUGAAGGAAAAUUUGGAUUUGGAAGAAGUGUUGCAGGUGGCUACAAAUAACAGGGGCAAAGCCAUUGACAUGCUUGAGUCUGCAAUAUCAAUGUAUGAGAAGCUACUGGAACUCAUUCUCAAAGAAGCCAUGAGAGGCUCCACCAUUAAUAAUCUAAAAGACGAAGAUGGCAUGUAAACAUCAGUUUUCUUUGUUUCUGAGUAAAGAUGCCAUUUCUAUUUGGGCCAGAGCCAUUCGCAAAACCCACAAGUUGGGCUUACAUGUAAUAUAAGUUUUAUCUUUUA